ACUACCGCAGGAAAAUCAGAUAGACUUACUACGACACGACGCAUAAAGAAGUACACAGAGGACGGCCCUCCAUCAUGCUAUAAUAUUGCGUCGACUAACGUGACAGGUUAAAUUAACUCAAGCAUUCUAAAAGGGAUUUCAGUGCACAACAACACAAUCAAUACAACUUCAAUCGCAUGAUAUGUGACAAAAGGAUAAGGAACUGAUUAGCAUUCAAAACAAGUUAUCAGUGAUUUAUAAAAAUUAUCAGAAUGAGUACUACGGUUAUGAAAGUACGGUUGUUGAUUUGUUCGGUGAUAUUCGUACUACCAUAUUGCACAGGAUUUAAAGAUGAACAUAUUAUUGAUUUGUAUGAACAAGGUUUGGCAAUAAACUCAACUAAUUGGUACCUAAAACUCAAUACUUCCGAUAUAAACGAAGAAAUUCAAAAAGCUACCGAAAUAAUUGAAAACAGAUAUCGUUUGGAAGAUACAAUAUUAUCAAAUAUUAGUCAAAUAACAAUUGGAAGCCCUGUUCAUGGACAGCUAAUUGAUUCUAUGCCUUCCAAAGGCGGAAAUUCAGCAUCUCGAUUUGCUGAAAUUAUAAUUGAAGCUACACGCAGCCUGAAGAAUACAUAUUGUCUAAAGCACGGGUUAAGUGAUAUACAGUGUGCCAAAGAUUUAACGAAGGUGAAUCUGACUGGGACAACUUUGGGUGAGAUGUGUAUGUCCGAGUAUUACGAUAAAAUUCCGUGCGAAGUACCUCACUAUCGUAAUAAUGACGGAUCUUGUAGCAAUUCGAAACAUAAAAAUUGGGGAAAGGCAAACACGCCUUAUAAACGUUUGCUGUUUCCAGUCUACAAGGAUGGUAUUUACGAAAUGCCAAGCGAAGAAAAACUGCCCAACCCUAGAUCACUGAGCUUAAAUCUUGUAAAAGACGAAAUUUCGAUAGAUCAAGGAAAAACGAUGAUGGUGGCCUUCUGGAUGAUUUUCAUAGCCCACGAUCUAUCACACACAGCAGUUUCCACCAUGGGGAAAGACAACAGAUUUGUGAAUUGUUGUGAUAAAGACAAAAAUAUUCAAUAUACUCUGAACAAAAACAUGAGGUCUUGCAAGCCAAUACCGAUACCGGAUGAUGACAAGUUUUUUAAACCGGAACCGUAUGAUUGCAUGAACUACGUGCGUUCGCGGCCAGCGGUGCGUUCUGAUUGUACAUUUGGACCAAUGGAACAAAUGAACCAAGCUACCCAUUAUUUAGACGGGUCGAUGAUAUACGGUUCGUCGGAAGAACAGGAGUUGUCGGUGAGGGAAAUGUCGUUCGGCAGGUUGAAAGAAAUAGACCUAUACAGGUAUGAUCCAGAAUUCUCGUCAAUGCCGCGGGAAACCACCGAUACGAAAGCGUGUCAGAACGGCAUCGGUACGUGCUUUAAGGCGGGUGACAUCCGAGCAAACUCGUUUCCACAACUGACGGCCUUGCACACACUGUGGAUUAAGGAACACAACCGGAUAGCCCUAGAAAUUCAUCAAAUAAAACCAAAUUUGAAUGAUUUUGAACUUUUCCAUGAAGCCAAGAGAAUCGUGAUAGCAGCUAUUCAGCACAUCACGUACUUCGAAUGGCUGCCGGCACUACUUGGCUAUAAUUAUGUCAAGGAGAGUGGUUUAGAAGUUUUGGAAAAUACCUAUGGAGGUAGAACUUAUUACGACGAGAAUGCAGACCCGUCAGUCAGCAACGUGUUCGCGACCACGAUACUCCCGAUUGCCUAUUCUAUGAUCAGCAAUAUUAUAAGAUUAAACCGGGAAGACAGCAACUCAGAAGAAUUAUCGGGUUGGAGCUCUGAUAAUUUGACGCUAAAGGAAUAUUACAACCAACCUGUUGAUAUACUGAAAAAUAACACACAUUAUAUUCUAAAGGGACUAAUUACGGAGAGUGCACAAAACGUCGAUAUGCUGUUUACACAAACGAUUACAAAUCAUUUAUACAGUAUUGGUACAAAUAACUCGUUUGGAAUGGACACGCUCAGCUUGGAUAUACAACGAAGCCGGGACCAUGGUAUUCCGAGCUACACACAAUUUAGAAAAUAUUGUGGGCUAAAAGAUAUAGAAAAUGAACAAGAUUUAUCUGAGAUAAUGGGGGAAAGCUCAGCCGAUAGAUUAUUGAAACUGUACAAAACUUGGAACGAUAUAGAUUUAUUGGUUGGUGUAUUGUUGGAAAAACACGCUGAAGACGCAAUGGUUGGCCCGACGAUGAGGUGUAUCAUCAGAGAACAGUUUCUAAGAACCAAAAAGGCAGAUAUAUUCUUUUAUGACGGAAACAGACUAUUCAGUUAUGAACAACUUGCUUACAAUAUCAAAACUUAUAGUUUAGGUGCUGUUUUAUGCGUGAACACCGAUAUUAAAGUGAGGCAAGAAAAUGUAUUUUUGACGCCGAAAAUAUUUAGACCUUGUUUUGAAAGAAAAACUGAUAGACUUUCGUUCCAUUUAUUUUACUAUGAUUAUUAUUCAUCCCUAUUAAAUAGGUUAAGUUAA